AUUCAAUGAUUUGGCAAGUUGGAGUACAAGAAAGCUCUAUCACUUUCUUUUUAUCGAAAGUAAACAAUAAACUAAUUGUAAUUUAAUUAUAAACAGACUUUUAUACAAUUUAGUUACUAACCAAUGUGCCUAGAACGGUAAAAGACUUCAAGAAAACUGUGAACGCGGAAAACGUUCGCACAAUGUCGAACGCGUCGGUGAGUAUAAAGAUCAGGGCGGGGCUGACGUCUUCAGACCCUGAACAGCAGCCAGUACUGAUAGUGGGGCAGGCGGCUCACCUCAGCGCCCUCAACUGGGACGAUGUGCGCUGUAAACUGGAACCUAGAGUUAGUGAAGAGGCCUGGCGCCGUGGUCUUCAAUGCGUGACUUCAUCCCCGGGCGACUCGUGCGAGCUCUGGCCGCGCGCAGUCUCUCUAGCAUCAUUACCAGCUCGACGCUCCCGUCACGCUGCGCCAGCCAGAAACCAUGCUCUGGCUAAAAUCGUCCGGUCUACUCAACGGUCUACUGAUGAGACUAUUGUGUUGGUAUGUCGUAAACGCGACGCGCUACCGAGCGCAGUAAGUAUAGCGCGCUGCUACCCUUUAUUCCAAGCGCGCUCCGCCGCCUCCCCGCUCAGCGCGGCGCCGGCGCCACCCGCCGCGCGCUCCGUCGCCGUAGAAAUACAUCUGCUUAAGGAGGAUAAACCCGAUGGGGAAUCAGAGGACGAGGGUAUCGGUAUUUUAGACCCCGUGUUAUGUGACAACACUCUGUCUGCUGAGGAAGUUCAGACCUUGCAGGAUGCAGCGGAUGCCACCAGGCUGGCUGCCAGGAUCACUGAUACUCCGGCCAAUAUUAUGAAUGUUGAUAAGUUUAUUGAGGAAGCAUUCAAAGUAGCAAAAGAACUGGAUAUCCUCGAACCAACAGUGAUUCGGGGAGAGGAACUGAAGGCUCGUGGAAUGGGGGGGAUCUACGGAGUGGGGAGGGCGGCGGCCUGUCCACCGGCACUCGUGACGCUGUCAUACAAUGCCCCCGGCGCUGCGGACACUGUGGCCUGGGUGGGCAAGGGGAUCGUCUACGACACUGGCGGCCUCAGUAUUAAGGCAAGGACUUCAAUGGUAGGUAUGAAAGGUGACUGCGGCGGGGCGGCGGCAGUACUGGGCGCGUUCGCCCUGGCGGUCAAGUCCAAACCAACCGUCAAUCUACACGCCGUGCUUUGUCUCGCUGAGAACUCUGUCGGCCCUCUUGCUACUAGACCGGAUGACAUCCACACCCUGUACUCGGGACGCACCGUAGAAAUCAACAAUACGGAUGCUGAAGGUCGUCUGGUCCUCAGUGACGGUGUGGUUUACGCCUCUAGGAAUCUGAAGGCGGAUACCAUUGUGGAUAUCGCCACUCUUACUGGAGCACAGGGCACGGCGACGGGCAAGUACCACGCGGCGCUGGUGUCGAACAGCGCGCGGCUGGAGGCGCGCGGCGUGGCGGCCGGCCUGCGCUCCGGGGACCUCACGCACCCGCUGCCCUUCGCGCCUGAACUGCACUUCACUGAGUUCACCAGCUGCGUCGCAGACAUGAAGAAUAGCGUCGCGGACCGUAACAACGCUCAGCCAUCGUGCGCUGGUUUGUUCAUACUGUCCCACCUGGGCUUCGACUUCCCCGGGAACUGGCUACAUAUCGACAUGGCGUCGCCUGCGCACUGCAUGGAAAUCAACACCUGAAACGCAGUUAAUAAAGAGGUAACAUUCAAAUUAAGCAUUUAAACUACAAAAUCCAACUUCAAUAACUUUAAAAAGACCAGUUACAUUUGUAUUACUGUUCAGAAUCAUCCAGUGUAAGUAUAGCAAAAAGACUACCUACCUCAUUGGUAUAACAUGCAUUAAGUUAAUACAAAAAACGCAAUAAGAAAAAGAAAAUCCCGCUGUUUUCAAAUGUCAAACUCAAAUGAACCAUAGACAACAAGCACAGAUAAUAUCAAAGAAAAAUAGACGUUUUCAUAUUUUUUUUUUAGUUUGAAUAAGAACCUUUUUUUAAUUAGUGUAAGUAAAAGAGGUAGGUUUAACAGCAACUGCCGUCUUCAAGGAAUAAUUAUGAAUCUUAAAAUAAUGAUUAUUAUGGCUAUCAAUUAGUUAAUGCGGUUUUUAAAUGAUUUUUAUAUAUUUGUAUUUAAAUUGUAAGAUUGUUGUAAGCAUAGAUAUGGCAUAAGCUGUAGUUAGGUCAUGUGUUUAAGAACCAUCUCAUAGACCUUGAAUAUAAACCUAUUUCGUUGACGCGACUAAACAAUGUUGCUAUUAAAACUGUCAAACACCAAGCGGUCACCGGUGACCGCAACCUAUUGUUCUAUAAUUGUGUCUAUAUUGACGGUAC